UUUUUGCUUCUGUGCAGCCACAGACCACAAAGCGCCGGAGGCUGCAAACGGACGGCUACCUGGCUGUCUCGCACAGCCGUUAUGAGAGUGAAAGCACAGCGCUGACCCGACGAGAACGGCUGCCUUUGUUGGGUGACAUCCACCUGGUGACGAAGAGCUGUCUCCACCAUGGAGGCUGUAGCCAAGUUCGACUUCACGGCCACGGCUCAUGAUGAGCUGAGCUUCAGGAAAGGAGACAUCAUCAAGAUUCUGGGUACGAAUGAUGACUGGUAUAAGGCUGAAAAAUGCGGCAAGCUGGGAGUGGUUCCGAGGAAUUACAUCACACUCAACAUACCCAGCUGGUACCAGGAGGACACGAGCCGGUUUGCAGCUGAGAGUAUGCUCAUGUCCAAGCCGAUCGGUGCGUUCCUCAUCCGCAGCAGCCAGAGCUCCCCUGGAGAAUUCUCCAUGUCGGUCCGACACGAGUCAGACGUGCAGCACUUUAAGGUUCUGAAGGACAGCAGAGGACAGUAUUUCCUGUGGACGGAGAAAUUCGGUUCCCUGAAUAAACUGGUGGAGUAUUACAUGAGCAAUUCCAUCUCUAGGCAGACCUGCAUUCGCCUCCACACGGACGAGCAGAGUCCAGUAGACACUGGUCCAGAACACAGGCCUCUUCCUCAGAACCGAUUUAAUAUGCUUUCCAGAGCUCUUCCAGAUCCUGGUCCAUUUCCUCAGAGAGGACCAAGGAUGGGAGAGAACCAGAACAGCAGAGGAGCUGUCCCCCCCUGUCCUGCCCCACGCACAGGCGAGCCCCUGCGCCCUCCGCAGUCCUUACUGCCACAGGUCAUGGCCAGGUAUGACUUCAAAGCGGAGGAGGUGGAUGAGCUUACCUUCAGCGCUGGUGAUGUCAUAGAAGUCCUGAACCAGUCUGAUCCGUGCUGGUGGAUGGGCCGACUGAAGGGCAGAUCAGGACUCUUCCCUGCCAACUACACUGCUCCUCUAUGAACACAAACCAGCCUGGCUGAGUGAAUCUGCAGUGUUUACUUUUAGUAGACGACAGUGUUAAAUUGGACUCGCCUGCAAGAGUUAAACACUGGCGAUUUUAAUGGUUUUUCUGUGCUUUCAUUACAAUAAUCUAAUAUAACAAUUUUGGUUGCAAACACACAUUUUACACCACAGAUUCAUGUAUUUUGUGCUAUUUCGUGUCUUUCUAAUAAAGGUUUAUUAAUAAAAAUAAAG